CUUGCCACACCGUUUGACUGUCAAACAUUAGGCAGAUAGGCAGCACAAUGGAUGUGGGAGAAGUGAUCUACACGUUGUUGGAGGUGCUGAUCGCCAUCAGCUGUUUAUUGGGUAAUAUGUUGGUCAUUUUGGCGCUGUGGACCAGUAAGAUCAUUCAGCAACCAACCUUCUGCCUUAUUAUCUGCCUGGCUGUGGCUGACUUUAUGGUAGGCUGUGUGGCCAUACCGCUGGCUGUGUUGGUGGACGGACGAGUGGAGACGUCAUUCCAUGGUUGUCUCUUCAUCAGCUGUGUUGUCAUCCUGUUGACACUGGUCUCGGUUUUCUCUCUCACGGCUAUUGCAGUGGAUCGAUUUCUCAGGGUGUAUAUCCCUCUCAGGUACAAAAGGACUGUAACACAGAGACAUUCUUGGCUUGUCGUAGCAGCAUGCUGGCUUAUUGCAGUGCCACUGAGUUUUUCUCCAAUGCUUGGAUGGUACAACCAUGAAACCUUGGCUGCUCCAGUCAACUCAACUAAGGUCUGCAGGUUUAUAAAUGUGAUCCCCAUGUCAUACCUGGUUUACUUCAACUUUUUCCUCUGCACCCUGACACCUCUGUUGGUGAUGACUGUAUUGUACUACUACAUUUUCCGCAUCAUCCGAGGAAACCUUCGAGACAAACCAGGCAACGGUGCCCAAAUCCAGUCUCAGAACUACCUGAAGAAAGAGAAACAGCUGGCAGGAUCUCUGUCUCUGGUCUUGGCUCUGUUUGCCCUGUCCUGGAUCCCUCUCCACAUUAUGAAUUGCAUUGCCUACCUCGGUGGGCUGAAUAUUGUACCAGAGGAAGCUUUCUAUGUCGGGAUCCUGCUCUCUCAUGCUAACUCGGCUGUAAACCCAGUUGUGUACGCGUUCAAAAUACAGAAGAUCAAGACAGCGUACCUGAAGCUCUGGAGACGGCAUUUAGCAUGUGGAGAUGAAAAUGGAUCUCAGACAAGCCAGACAACAGACAACAAUCUCAGUAGUAACCCGAACAGUGUGCCACAAAUUGAGUGAAGGAAGAUUUCCUUGUUUGUUCUCAAGGAGCAGGUUUGAUUGACUGUCAAGCAUCAAUAAACAUUGUAAAACAUAUUAAUAUUAUGUAAAAAGUUAAAGUCAUGUACAGUAUGUGAAGUGAACUGAAAUUUAAAAGCUAACUUUUAGUUGACAAGUAAGAUAUUCUGUGUUUUCAUACAACACAUCGAACCGUUUGAACUGAAAGAUCUGUUAUCUGUCAUUUUCAGGAAUCUGUGUGUGUGUGUGUGUCCUGUAUAUGUAGGUGAGCAUGUGUGUGAGUGUUGUGAAAUCUGGGUUGUCGCCAAAAAGGGCUACUGGGAAGUUUCAUAUCACUGUUGUGUUUCUGUUUCUGCUCAAGUUCCAGUUCUUCAUGUCCGUUUUAACAGAAAGCACACUCUGUAUUGGAAAUUACCGUCACUAUAUUUGAAAAAAGAAUCAAAUUUUUUACACAUGAUGCAUGGAUGCUAGGUCUGUCCACAUUAAUCGAUGAAUUUUAAGCGUUGUUGUCACCCUGACUUUGGGGGCAUGCAUUGUACUGCAUGUACACCUGACCAGAAAAAAACCCAUGUACAAUGUAAUAUAAUCCAACAGAACAGCGCUGCAACAAUUUCUCACUCCUGUCAAAUACAGACGCUUGGUCAGUGGCCUGUCGGUGUCAGACACCAACGCACACAGGCACCCGAAGCUGGUGGUUUGAGACGACCCAGGCGGCGGCUUUUGUUGACGCUUCGGGCAGCUAUCGUAGUAUAAAGAGAAAAAAAAUCCACAUUGGGCAGGAGGUAGGGGUCAAACAAACUGUGGACUUCCAGCUGGGAGACGGCUGUCUGUGUCCCGUGUGAAACCAAAAGUCAAAGAGUUGUUUCAAUAACAACGUAGUGUGCUAGUAUGUUUAUAAUGCUAUGCUUGUGACGUAUGUCUUGUGCCGUUAUGUUAGUGACAAUCAUACUUAUUUUAAGCCCAACCAUGGUGAUUUUCUAAACCUAACUAUCAAAAGAUGCUUCUAAGGAGCCAAACUGUAUAUUAUCUGUGAAAAUGGAAGUUUAUUUUUAAAAAAGACUUUAUGUAAUGACCGUAAAUUGACAAGCUGCCCCUGAACGUCCAAAAAUGAUGCAGGAGGGAUACCUAGCAUGUCAUAUUUUGAUGUGACGGGCCUCUGACCAAGCAUCGGUAUUUGUCAAGUUAGGAUUGUGAAUGUGUUGUGAAGUCAGCUGAGUGAUCAUUUUUAGUAAAUCUAUAGUUUGAUCUGUGUUUGUAUUGGAUUAGAUUACAUAGUAAUGGAUUAUGAAGAAGAAAAAACACUAGAUACACAUUUCAAAAGAGCGCAGUAACAUGACAGCACCACAAAAUAAAACCUUAAAAAUGACCAAAGAGUUGAGUCAACUAUAGUUUUAACAACAAUCAAACCUUACAAGCUUCACAAAGGUUGCAGUUACUACAGAGCUGCAACCUUUUCUGCUUAAUGUGUUUUAAUACUUGACCAAUACCAGUUAUGCUACCACCAAUAACAAAAAACAUAAGCACAACACUGUAUAGAUUUUAUUUAUUGUACUGUUUUGUAAUAACUGUCUGUCUGUUUUAUUAUUAACAAGCAAGAGUAGGUACUUAGAAAUUCAUGCGUCUGCUAAAUUGAAGAAGAAAUCCAACCUAAAACCCGUUAAUGAUAUUUCAGUGAUAGCUACUGGCAAUUUUGUAGUUUUCUUACGUACAGUGUCAUAACGAGAUAGGAAUAUAACAUCACCUUCUCAAAAUAAUGUGGCAUUAACACUUGCUCAUGAUUUAAUGGGUACAUUACUUUAAUCAAGAGAUUAAUAGGACUUCUUCUUUGACUCAUCAGUAUUUUUUUCAUUAUGCUGUCAGUUGUUUUUAUGUUUCUAUCUUAAGUUCUUAUUUCAGAAAUUUAGUCAGAUGUCAGAUAAUCAGAUGUUUGCACGUUUUUAGAUAGAUAUGUUAAAGUUAAGACCAUAGUUUCAGUUCCUCACUUUUAGGAGCUACAGAUACAGCCCUGUUUUCCUCUGUACAUACAGUAGGUAGUGACUCUGAAGUAAAGUUAAACUUUAAUCAGCAGUCAUGUCAGAUACAAUUCCAGUAAAAUGUUAAUGUGCAGUAUGUGCAGAGGCUUAAACCACAAUGUCUCAGUUUCUGUUUGUGUUAGACUUUGGCUGUUGCAUGUUUGACAUAACUAUGUUUGAGAUAUUAAACCGAUGUCAA